UAGCAACGUAGCCGAGGUGCCCGGCCAGCGAGCCUCAGUCUGUUUUGUGACUUGUGCGUGUGUUGUAUUCGUUCUCGUCGUGUUCAGUUUAUUCGGUUGUCCGUUUUUUCUUUCGCGGUGAGUUUAGUUGCAUUACCGGAGGGAAGUGUGUAGCAGGGACGAGUGCAAGGACGCGAACAUUCAUCGAAUGGUUGCGCAGGACGCGAUAUUCGACCGGAAAGCCUGCGAAUAUGGAGUGAGAGAAUCGUGUCUCCUUCAGGAAUGAAAUCCUGACGAGAGAUAGAAGCGAUACCAUCAUGAUGGAACCACCAGUUACGAGCAAGGUACUGCGGGCUCCUAGCCUGAAAAGGGGUCAGGAGAACGUCAGGAUUCAGGACAGGAUCAAGCUGGAACGUGUGCUCGGCGUAACCGUGUCGAGCAAUGCAGCCCUGGACUGCGAUGCAACUAGCGAGCUGGUCGCCUAUCCUGCUGGAUGCACGGUGGUGUUGUUCAACCCCCGGAAGAACACCCAGGCCCACGUGUUGAACGCCUGUCGCAAAACGGUCACAUCCUUAGCGCUCGCUGGCGAUGGCAGGUUUUUGGCGACCGGUGAAUGCGGCCACAUGCCGAACGUUCGUGUCUGGGAUAUCUCCGAUCCGUACAAUGCAGUGCAGAUCGCCGAGUUUUCCGGCCACAAAUACGGCAUCAACUGUGUGGCAUUUUCACCGAGCAACAAGUACGUGGUGUCUGUCGGCUCGCAGCACGAUAUGAUCGUAAACGUGUGGGACUGGAGGAACAACGUUAAGGUGGCGUCGAACAAAGUGUCGAGUAAAGUGAAGGCCGUCUGCUUCGCGGAAAACGGCAAUUACUUUGUCACCGUCGGCAACAGACACGUGAAGUUUUGGUAUCUCGAGUAUUCCCGCAGUGCCAAGUACAAGGAACCUGUGCCUUUGAUGGGUCGUUCCGCCAUAUUAGGAGAGCAGAGAAACAACGAUUUCGUGGACGUAGCCUGCGGCCGUGGGGAAAUGGCAGAUUCCACGUACGCGAUCACCAAAACGGGCCUUCUAUGCGAAUUUAAUAACAGGAGGUUGCUGGAUAAAUGGGUGGAGCUUCGGACAACCAGUGCCAAUUGCAUGGCCGUCGGGGACAAGUACAUCUUCAUCGGCUGCGCGGAGGGUAUCGUCAGGUGCUUUAGUCCCAGCACGCUUCAGUUCAUCACCACCUUACCGAGAACGCAUUACCUAGGCGUGGAUGUUGCUCAGGGAUUGUCCAUUAGUCACAUGUCUCAGCAUCCAGCGAACGCGAGGUAUCCGGACGCGAUAGCCCUGGCGUUCGACGAGCAGAACAACAAGCUCACCUGCGUCUACAACGAUCACAGUAUCUACGUGUGGGACGUUCGAGAUAUCAGACGGGUGGGCAAGUCGCAUUCGUUCCUUUACCAUUCGGCUUGCAUCUGGGGCGUCGAGAUGUACCCAACUGGAUCCGAGUCCGUCAGCGCGAUGCCAUCCGGAAGCUUCAUCACAUGCUCCAGCGACGACACCAUCCGCGUUUGGAACUUGGAGAAGGACAUGCCUUCGAACGACACGCUUUACAAGCGGAACAUCUACAGCAACGAACUGUUGAAAGUGUUGUACAUAGAUCAGGAGUUGACUUACCUGAAAGACCUAGACCUGGCCGCGGCUGGCUCGACGGAGAAGAGCGACGCCUCGUACGACGGUCGUAACGGUGUCAGGUCGAUCAGAGUCAGCCCCGAUGGCAAACAUCUAGCUUCCGGGGAUCGAUCGGGGAACAUACGGAUUCACGAUCUCUCCUCCCUGGAAGAAUUGUGCCUGAUCGAGGCGCACGACGCGGAGGUACUCUGUUUAGAGUACUCAAAGUUCUCGAAAUUUUCGGCCGAGGCUCCUAGGUUGCUCGCCAGCGCCUCGAGGGAUCGACUGAUCCACGUGUUCAGCGUCGAUCAGGGGUACAACUUCUUGCAGACCCUCGACGACCAUAGUUCUUCAAUUACUGCCGUCAGAUUCUUCAAUCAGAGCAAUCAGGGUAAUCAGAUUCAAAUGGUGUCCUGCGGUGCCGACAAGAGUAUUAUUUUUAGGCAACUGCAAUCGACUCCAGGAGGAAUGCCUCAAUUCGCUAGGGGUCACAAUGCUCAGGGAAAGACCACCUUGUACGACAUGGAGGUCGAUUCCGGGCAAAAGCACGUUCUAACUGCCUGCCAAGAUAGAAAUAUAAGAGUUUACAACGUGGCCACAGGCAAGCAUAGCAAAACGUUUAAAGGAUCCGUCGGUGAGGAUGGGUCUCUUAUUAAAGUUGUUUUAGACGCGUCAGGAAUCUACGUAGCUACCUCGUGUACAGAUAAAACGCUGUGCGUGUACGAUUAUUAUAGCGGUGAAUGUAUGGCCACCAUGCUCGGUCAUUCGGAAUUGGUUACAGGCCUGCGUUUUAGUCCCGACUGUCGCAACCUCGUAUCCGCCAGCGGAGAUGGUUGUAUAUUCGUCUGGCGUGUUCCACGCGACAUGGUUGUAACUAUGCAGGCGCGUCUUGCUCAGCAAGCGAUGCGAGCUGGAAAAAGGCCUCCUCAAGUGAACGGCACAGGAAUCGAGAUACAAUUGGACAACGAAACCUUUGGAUCGCCGCCGCCAGAGUUCCUGGAUCCAAACGCGAACCCAACGUCGCAGAGCGUAGGCGUGGAUUACAGGUUUAGCGUGGGCCAGUUACCGCUUUGGGCGAAGAAGCAGAUAAACACGAACGCGGACGAGAGCGGCCCUCUUGGCUCGAACGUUAGACCCUUAGGCGUUGACCUACCGAAGGGACGAUGGGCGCAAAGGGUUCAACAGGGAGACGGUAUAACCGUCAAGUCCGUUUACGACAGCGACGAAGUUAUACCCUUUCCUCCUCCGCGCGGUGCGAUCGAUUCGGAUGGUGGCGGCGGAGGUGGCGGUUCGAAAGACAGCUCCAUCGACAGCGGUACCGAAACCAAGUGUAGCAGCGAUUAUCGCAGGGAAACGAUAAUUAUCAAAAGGGAAGAGGAUGAGACUGUAUUUCAACCUUGUCCAGAUAGUUACAGAGAACUAGCAGAUGACACAAAACAGGUAAUCGGUGGUAACGUGACCGUAACUAGAGGUAGCAAUAUCACGGAAUUGACGCGUCAGUCAAGGAGUCGUCAUCAUACCGACGAUAGCAGUCUCGGCAGCUUUAAAUUUGAGGAUCAUGAGAGCACGGAACACGAUGGGGACGUGGAAGAUUACUCGGAAGGAGAGAAUGGAACCACUGGUUCUGAAAAAUCCCAUCAUAGACUGAUGUAUUAUCCUGCGCCGGAGGACACGGUAUCGAAUCAAUUCACUGUAAAUGCUAUGGACGUAGAAGAGCUUCGAAGAUCUCAGAGGCGACAGAAGAAACCCAGGAAUGGAGAAAGUGGUCGAACGAGCGAACUGACCGCUUCUGGUAGCCAGGAGGAUUCUGAUUCCGAAGGUGGAGCAUCGACUCCAAGCGCGGAACGAAAUCCUCUGUCCAUGCUGUCGGAAGCUAGUUCGGAAGGGUUCGAUCAGCUGGCUAAACAGAGCCAUCGCGAGAAGUAUCUCAAGAAUGCUUUCGAAUCUCUCAGCGGGGCCGAGGAACCAACGAAUAGGAUCGCGAAAACGACUAGUAUUAGUUCCCAAUUUCAUGGAAGGCUUAGCGGCGGUGGUGACAAUGCAACUAAUAAUAAGGUUCGCAACGCGGCUGUGGUAAACGCGACGAAACAAGCGAGAGGCGACGCAGACGUCGUGAAAAAGCGCGAAGAGUUGCAAAGGAGAAUAGAAGAAACUAGGAGAAAAUUGCAAAGCGUUGGCUAUAAGUCUUCGUUAAAAUCCAGCCAAAGUAUAUCGGAUUUGAGCAGCCACAUACCCGAGAAACAUCAUCGUCCGAACCGGCUGAGCACAGGUAACAAAUCCGGCCAACAAACACAAUACUCGAAACCGAUCAAUCCUUGCAAACCUAUACCGAAUCCAAAGCCUUCACUAAAACCUCAGCAACUCGUUAACAAAGUGUCGGGUGUGGGGAAUGCGCUAUCCAAGCUAGAUGUUCCAACCGAGAACUGCUUAUCCAAAAGUCCGACUACCCCGUGUAUAAGUGACAAGACAAAACCGUCUCUAAAUCGUCCGUUAACGUUGACUUUGAAAAAAACUGAAAAGUAUAAGCUGUCGCUGAACAAACCGAAUCAAUCGUUGCCCGAGUCACCCGUGUGCGAGGAGCUCAAGCUCCUGAAGGAACAGUGCAAGAAGAACGUAAGCCGAUUCGCCAGGUUCGCCCAGAAGAGGCGUUCGUGCAGCUAUUUCAUCGGCCUGGACGACAACGAGGAGGACAUGGAGAAUAUAGCCAAGUCUUUCGAAAGUUUACCAGCGAUGAACGAGCGUAACAUCGAGAAUCUGAACGACAACAUGGACGACGGUGACGAGGGGAACGGAAAUUUUAGCGACGAUUCCUUGGAAGGCGAUUUCAAGAAUCCUCCUCGAAGAUGCGUCAGCGAUUACCAGAUAAACGUGCAUAUAGACCGUCGCUCGGACAACCACAGAAACUAUUCGUCUACGUACCAAACCUUCCCAAAACGAAUAUUGACUGGCUCUCAAGAGAGCAUACUAUCCGAUGCCUCCGUGGAAUCGUUCUCAAAAGGAAGCGCUGAAAUCUUGGACUACAGUCAUUACGACAACGACAGACAUUCGAGCGCGAGUUUCUUUUUAUCCCGUCGAAAGAUGCAAGCCGGACGCAGUCAGGAGAGCAUCCUAACGGACGAGUCCGAUUACCAGAUGUUCCCCCUGCACGAGAACAUGGACCAUAGAAGCACAGAGAGCGUGUUAACCGACGACUCCGAUUCCCUGGUGAAAUCAGCGCCUCUGGAGAUGUUGUUCGAUUCUCAUUACAAAAGAAAGAGGCAAAACUCUGAAACCUACAGCGGGAAUCCAAAUAAUGCCGUGGAACCAUCGACCAAUGUACAGAAUUCUGCGAACGACUCGACUUCCUGCAGGGCGGUGUUCAGGUCGAAGUCCCUUCAGGAUACUAGAAUAAGCAAAGUGAGAAACGAGAACAGUUAUACGGAGGAUGACAACGUUCGACCAACGACCUGCAUUUACUACGAGUUCAAUUUCAACGAUGACAACGAUGGGAACGUCGAGAUGAGAAUUGGAAGCAAGUCAGACACUAUGCCGCGGAGCAAUAGUCUAAAGGUGAGCAAAGAACCGCAAUCGAUGCUGAUACUAAACGACUUCGUGGCUCAUAAACCACCGAAACCGAAGCGAAACUCUGCUCGAACGCAGAGUAUGCGUAACAGAGCUCGUCCAGCGUGGAACAAGUUCGCGGUGGACACGUCUCGCGUGAAGUCCGACUGUAACGAUUUUGCAAACAAGUCAGAGGCUCGAACACCGAGCGCGGACGUGAAAUCGGAAAGUACCGAGUCUUUUCACGGUUCAAAGAGUAUCGAGCAGCUAUUGCAGUCGUCUGGUUAUUCCUUGCAGUCCAACGAAGACAAAGAUAACACUGCAACAAAGUUCUACAGCCUGCAGAAUCGUCGUUCCUCGGAUAAAGUUGGCGUAUACGAGGCUGCUAGACCAAUGGAGAGUUUCACAUACGAUCAGAACGAUUCAUCUCGUCAGACUUGCUGUUUCGAGGCUCAAAUUCCAACGAAGGAUACCCAGGAGACCUAUGAUUCUCUGGAACCUGGUGGUACCUCCUGCGAGUUACAGAACCCAUCCUCGAAUCUGUUGUCCACGAACGAGCGAAUCGACAACCUCGAUGCUAGCGUGGAUCUCAGGAUCACUAGAGCCAUCGAGGGAACUGUUAAACUGCUGUCCAAGGAGUUUGAGAACUUGGUUAGAAGAGAACAGUACUUUAUGAAGGAAAAGUGUCUGCGUAUGACUCAAGACUCGAACGAGAAUUUUGCGAAACUCGAGGCUGAGAGGGACGGUAGAUUCUGUUCGAUGAAACGAGAUAUAAGGUUCCUUUCCGGCGGCGAAGACAGCGAUUUCGCGGACACCUCCGCGAUAGACAAGUCGAUGAUGGAAAGCGGUUCUUCGACGUCCGCUUCGAGCUGCACCAACUCGCCAAAGAGAAUGUGGCCGCCAGCCUCGCGUUGCCAAAGCCACAUGAGGUGGACUAAAACCUUGCCAACCAUUAAUCAGGCUAUACUACCAUCAAAGCAUCCUUACGCAGUUGGCAGUAGUGGGGGGCGAAUCUCGUCAAAAGUUUUUGACAGCGAAGAAGAGGGGGGUGGCAUGCGACGUGCCUGUUCGCUGAGUGAUCUUUCCAUCAGCCCGCCAAAUAGGUUACUGCAUGGUCCAAUACAAGUUUCAGGAAAAGUAGGUAAUAAGAAUGUAAACACCGCGACGAGAAGUGGGCUAGGAAACGCGAAUAGCGGGAAUCCGUCUCGACACGCUUCGACGAAGAACCAUUCUUCUCACAUGACAAGAAGCAGUAGCGUUGGAGUUUUAAAUCAAAGCGAUUCGGAAUCGGACGUUGGACCAGGAAACGGAAGGGGAUGGAACAAUCAGACAGGAAAUAACAGGAUGAGCGGGUUGAUGAGACCAACGAUUAGUUCGCAAAAUAAAAUAAAUCAUCAAAUAAAAUCGAGUUCUUCUUCCAAUAGCAAUUUGCCGUCGGUUCUCAGGAGGAGAGGCAUGCAGGGAGCAUAUUCGAGUGUAAAUCUAAGUCAAGUGGGUAACCAGGAAGACUCCAGUUCAGAGGAUACGUCCUCCAACGGAAACGGUGGAAAACCGGCGCUUCCCCCGAGACCUCGAAGCAUCAGUAUCGAUCAUUCUGCUACAAACAGCUUAAGUCUACCUGGCACGACCGUGAGGAGAUCGGGAUCAACGACAAUUAUAACAAACUGUCGAAGCGGAAAUAGCACGAUAGGACAAAAUGCGAGCAGAAUGUCAACAGCAAAUAGGAAUCAGUUAGAUCCUAGCCCCCAAGAGCUUCCGGUUAAAGAUACCGAUCGUGCCAUCGAUGUAGCAAGUGCUGAAUUAGGCACGGAUAAAACAUUAGUGUCCACGCAACUGUGCAACACAAUCGCGGACGAACUGACGCGAACGGCGGACAAUGUUGUGCAGUUGUACAAGCGUUUAACGAUAGAUAACGAAGACGAUCCGUCUAGAGGUACCAUCGACAGGGACACGAUGCUAAGAGGCCUUGAAUCGUCGGUAAACGAAACGAUGCGUACCCUGCGACUGGUUGUCUCCUCCGGUGGCGAUAAUCACAACGACGGUUCGGCCAGCGGGGACAACGUAUCGAUGAACGAAGCGACUGCCAAGUUCCAGGAACUACUCGCCGGUCAAGAUCAAGGAAAAGUUGUCAAUAUGAUGCAGCAAUACUCUGAGAUGCUUUUAAGCAUGAUGCAGCAAAUAAUGGGAGGAACGCAAUCGAGCCAUACGUAAAAAUCCGUCCACCUUACACGAGUUUUCUCCAAGGGGAGAACCAUCAGGACAUCCAGCCGCGGUGCACAGUUACUUAUCGUAUGUACCAACGUGUACAGCCUCUCGGUCUUUGUAUACCUGCCCCUGAAGAAGAAUGCAUCGAGACACGCGUGCUCCUCCGUUAUGGUCUCUCGAUGUUUCUGAAUUUGGAUACGUAACUUCACGAUUAAGCAGGAUCGAGCGUAAAGAUGUAAACAGCACGUGUUCUAACUCGAAUAUAGAUCUUUUUUCAUUUUUUUUUCUUUUUUUUUUUGUUGUUGAACGCGUAGCUGUUUGCGAGCCAAAGGAAGGAAUUGAUCCAAUUCCUUCUUCUUCUUGAUCCAAUCGUGAAGCGUUUUGAAAAAUUUCUGAAAACGUUAGAAGUCAAAGUUGUUCGAUGAAUGAUCGUGUAUCGUUACAUCGUGUACUGGACGGUGUUUGUAGCCAAAGUUAGUAGAAUAUUUACCGGCAAUUUCGUGCAAACAGGUCCACGAGAUUCGCGGAAGUUCGAACGGGCUAAUUAGAGACAGGAGCGGGUACCUUGAACCCUCCGUUUCGAAACUUUUCCUCUCCCAUUGAAGCGAAAGCAGAAAAGUAAGGGAAACGAAAGAUUGACUGCGUGAAACUCACUCGUAUCUUGAGGCCAUACGCCCUGAAAUGCCAAUUAACUAAAGACUCUUAGACUAGUUUCCAGGCAAAUAUAUAUUAUAUAUAUAUUUAUCGACUAUUUGCGGGAUAUUAUAUCAUAAUAUUAGUCUUCUUGUUGUGUAACCAAAGGUUGUCUCUGCCUACGGUCUAAAAAUGGAACCUCUCUUCCUUCCCUGACGUUUCAAAGCUUCGACGAAACAUCAUAAUUAAAACGAAAAACCGAAGUAUGCAGUAAGCGAUGUGUAAACUUGCCGGUAUGAAAAGAAAUUACCUUGCAAUUAGUUUAGUUUAAUUGAAAAAAAAAGAAGAAAAGGCGGGCUUUGUAGACCCCUUGUCCGAUUCGCGUUUGUUGAAAAAUCCGAAACGCGAUUUUCUAUUUUCAAAUGUUGAAUGAAAUAAGCGAUUGUUCAUUAUUCUCCUACCAACUUUCUCGUUCGCAGAAGACACGCGCGUUAGGAGUAGCGAAAUUAAUUUGACAUGAAAACUACUACAUUUAGCGACUGCAUAUUUUCUCAUAGAAAUUACAAAUAUUUUUACACGUGAAUACCGUCGAGCGAGGCGAAUGGCAAAAAGUUCCAAAGAGUCGCAAAGAAAACUUUCGUUGAAACGUUGCGGCUCGACUCGAAGAGCAAGAAAAAAUAAAACAGGCUUUACUUAGGUUUCAAAGGAAGGAAUUGUAUCGAGGAAUCAAAGUAUUACGAGAACACGUAUUAGUAACGAUUUUAUUACAAACACACGUGAUUUCGUUUGUCGGUUCUUUUUUUUUUUAUAUAAAUCGUAGUUACUUUCUCCAUUGUCCUUUGUUGUGUAAAGUUCUCAGAUUCUGUAUGUAAUUGUAUAAAACGUGCCAUUUAGGUUUAACCAGCAUCGUUUACGUAUACUGCUUUCCUAGGCGUACGAAUUAAUUCUUGUUGAUACACGUGUAACAUAUCUUUAGUAUCCUUUACGCGAAUCUAAACUGUCUCUUAUUGGUUAUAUAAUUUAUAAGACAACUAGGUUAAAAACAAUCUUAUGACUAACUGUAAUUCAGUAUUGCUUUACAGAAUUUCUUUCUCUUCUUCGUUUUUCUUUUUAAUUGAAAGUACGUUUGUGUUCCGUUGUUCUCCCUGAUCGUAUAUUCUUUUUUGGCGCGAGAAAUAAUUUUUUUUUUAUGGAGGUGACCUUAUUCCUGCAUGAUACGGAUCGACACCUUUGCCGCUUAUUUUUUCUUUCCGACGAUCAGGACGAUAAGUAAGAUCGAAGCAAUCUUAGUCGCAUAGAUUCGUUUACAAAAUCAAAAAGGUAUCGGUUAUCGCUUCUAGUGUUACAGAAACUAACGAUGGCUAUGCCGCUGAACCUGAUCGUUUUAGAAAAUCGAAGCCUACGCUUGGUUUCGACGGUGAAGGUGUCGAUCGCGUUUAAUAUAUCAUCAUCGUGUAUUUUAGAAAUUCGAACGUUUUGUAUUAGAUGUCAGGAUUUUUGUAAUGAUACAUCGUCGUUGUUAACCGUGAAGGCGUACGUAAAAAGGUGGAACGAAUGUCGAAUCUCAUCUCAUAUGCAUCUCCUCGUCUUUACCUAGCUUCACGUGGUAAUGAACCAUUCCAAAAUUUCACUAUCUCUUUAUCUCUCUCUCUCUCAUGUGUAAUAACCAUCAAAGACAUUGAAAUACUUUUAACUUGAUCGCAAAAAAAAAAAAAA